GGUUGCUCUCUGGCAAUAAAUUUCCCUAACCACGCGCCUAAAGCCAUCACUUCGCAUCGACAAGUCCAAGCACAUUGUAAACGACAUCAAUAUCUUGCAUUCAAUAACCAAAUUACCUUCCCUUACUCUCGCAAUGUCUGCAAACGAGUACUACACCAACUCCAACUACUCAUCCUCGGGCCCCGGCCAUCAACAGCCAUCCUCCUUUGACGCUCAACAAACAUCCAGCCAGCAGCAGCAUAGCUCGCAUAGCUACCCGCCCCAAGGCCAAGCUCACCUCCACUCCUACGACAACCACCUCCAACUCCAAGACCAUGCCGCCGCCGGUCGUCGCCGCAGUUCUGCCAUUUCCAUCCCCGCUGGCACCGCAGACGUCAGCUUGAACCCCCAUCUUGCGCAGGGUUUUCUACACCACGAAUUAGUCCCAAACAACGACACCCCCGCCAACCAUGGUGGUACCUCUUCCGUUCAACAACAUAGUCAUCCUACCACUAGCCACUUUUGCCCUGUUCCCGUUGGUCAGGAGUCAAACAACAUCUCCCACGGUCCAAAUGUUUCCAACGGCUUCAACAGUCCCAAUGAUUCUAACGCUCCCAACGGCCCAGGCAGCCCAGACGGUCCAGAUGGCGAAAGAGGCCUAGGCGCCACCCUCGUCGGCGGCGCAAGCGGGCACUUCCUCGCUAAACAGCUCGGUCACGGCGGCGGCCAUCACCACGGUGUGCUUGAAACCACUGCGGGGGCAGUAGCUGCUAAUCUCCUGGAGCACAAGUUGAAGAAGAACCAUGAUCAGAAGAACCAUGAUCACCAGAAUCAGCAUGCCCAUGAUUUGGGACAUGGACAUGGCGGCGGCGGCGGAGGAUUGAGUGGGAUGUUUGGUGGUGGUGGUGGCGGUGGUAAGCAUCCUACUCUUCAACAACAGGCACAGCAGCAUCAUUACCCGGAGACGCACGCCGGAUCUGGAAGGGGCGGGUAUGAGCAGCUGGGACAUGGACUUGGACAUGGCCAUGGAGGAGUGAAUCAGGGACAUCAUGAGCAUGGGAAGCAUGGGAAGUGGGGGCAUUAGUCUAGUCGUUGGAAGACUAAUAAGGUUUCUAGAGGGCUCGUUAGUGAGUAGCUGUCCUGUUUGUAUCACCUGCCCACCUUGAUACCUGUUUUUGGCUUAUCCUUGGUGUAUCGAUUGUGAUAGUCCUAAG